AUGCCCCAAAACGUGGGAUCAUCAGCGCAGAGUAUCGGUGGAUCGAGCACGAGCUCGACGCUGCCAACACAGCCGGCUCGCAAGCCCCGAGUCGCCCUUGCGUGCAAGAGGUGCAAGAGGAGGAAGCAAAGAUGUGACGGUAACUCGCCCGUCUGCUCAUCCUGCGAGCGCUCCGGCAACCAAUGCAUCUACGAGAAAGCCAUUCGUCCACACUAUCCUGGUGGCAAGACACUGUACAUCAACGCACUCGAGGAGCGUAUUGCUUUUCUUGAAGCUCGCCUGCCUGCAUAUGCGGAGGAUCACUUUGAGAAUGAGUCCAGCAAGACAGAUGCCUCACCCAGACGGAAAGGUUCCCUGGCGCAGAACCCAGAGUCUCCGCCCUCACACCAUGGAUCGCAGUCCGAUGAGAUGGAGGGUGGUGAGAGCAACUCCAUCGUCGACGGCGUUGCCUACCUUUCACUGUGCGCAACGGGCACGACGGACAACUCACCGGGGCCGUUCUACCUGGGCUCAAGUUCGGGGGCAACCAUUGCACGCAUGAUACAAACCUCCUUGUUCAGGAAGUCCGGUGGGCGCGCGAUCCCCAAGAGCAGCCAGUAUGUCCAGGAGGUGCCCCCGUCAUUCUCUUCACCCACCAUGGCCCAUUCGCCGACAAUGAUGGGCAUCGAGAGCGUGUUUGACUUCCCAUAUCCCGAGCAGGCAAGGCUUCUGUUUGAUACGUUCUUUGACCGCCUUCACACGCGUUGGCCACUGCUCGACCGCAAGGUUUACUCGGCGCUCUUUGAGAAACAGUACGACCAGCCCAAGCUGCCUGUCAUCGAGCGGAGUAUCAUGCAUCUCAUCUACGCCAUUGCGGCCAGGUUCUUGCAACUGACGCGGAACCCAUGCGGCGUAGACUCGGAGAGGCACUUGGUAGCCGCCAUUGAGCCCAUGGACUACAUUCUUGAGCAGCACAGUCUCGGGACAGUGCAGUUCCUCCUGCUACUCGCUGUUCACGGGCAACGAUCGCCGUACGGCUCCGGUGCAUGGAGCCAGGUGCGCUACGCCGUGUCGCUGGCGAUAGAGCUGGGUCUGCAUCGUGAGCGGAAGGCUGUUUCACGACACUGCAACGCGCGAGAUCUUGAGAUACGGCGCAGGGUCUUUUGGUCGUGCUACAGCCUGGAUCGUAGCACGAGUGUUCUUCUAGGGAGGGCUUUUGCCAUUGCGGACCGUGACAUCAAUGUCGGGGAUCCCAGCACGAGCGUCGAGUUUUGGGACCUCACUCAUAGCGAGCCUGCCGAGGCAUCGUCAAGCAAGUGGUCCAAUAUUGAGCCCUUUAUACACAUCACCAAGCUCGACCGACUCCAGUCACGCAUUCACCGGACCGUGUUUCGCGUCGAUAAGGAUGUCCUCGCCGGACCCCCCGACGAGAGACAGAAGCUGGAUCAAAAGAUGGUCAGCAUGCGGCAAGACUUGGAUCACUGGCUUGAAACGGUACCUCAACCACCCAAGGACAGAAAGAAGAUCACCUGGAUGUACGAUCCAGAGAGCGCCAACCACGAUUCCCACGACUUCUACAGCCUGCAAUACCACAAGUCAAUACUGGCCCUUCUCACCAUCCUCCUACCAACUCUCGACCCUUCCGACCAUCGGUUCGCCACAGCCGCCCACUCCGCUGCGAGCGUCUGCAUAGCGUACAAGCGACUGAACCAACAAAAGACCCUGAGCUACACAAUGAUCUCCCUUCAUAGCUGCUUCGUCGCAGGCCUCACCCUUGUGUACUGCACGUGGAGGAACCGCGACUUGUUCGGGUACGAUGUGUUCGAGGCGACACAAGCUUGCUCUCAGAGCUUGACGAUCUUUGGCGAAAAGUGGGCUGGUGCCGUCAAGUACCGCGACAUAUUCGACGCCUUGUCUGGCAGUCUGUUCAAGACACUGGUGAACCCGAACGGGCAGGGCACGAGCAUGCCACUGGAUCUGCAACGGCCGUCGGCGCGCAAGUCACGGCAGGGUGAUACAGCCGGUGCCGCUCAGCGGGCCCCUCCGCCUGAGAGCCAGCCAACUCAGACAAUGGAGCAUUCGAUGAGUGAGAUGGUAUCAGAUGCUGUCAAGGAAGCUUUUAUGGAGGUGGACGAUGAGGCUCCUGGCGGCUGGCAGGGAUGGCGCAUGUGGAACGAAAUGCUUGGGGACGGCAAAGAUGAAGGGGCGCAAAUUGACGGCAUGAGUGCAGCGUAUGGCCAGCACUUUGACAUGACUGGGAUGCAGGCGAUGGAUGAUGGGCAGCAUUAUGACCCGAUGGAUGCCUCCGGAUGGGACUUUGGGGGAGUGCAGGGUCUUAGAUAG